GUUAAAAAUGCAGGCUUCUUCGGAGUUUUCAUCUUACCAAAAGUCAGUUCUUCCUAUUCUCCGCAAUUAACAGCAUACGAUAUAGAGACGCAUGGGAGAGUUGCAGACACAAAAAGGCCGUAGCGUUUGGCUUCUUCGCACUCCUCUGGAAUUUGUCUUCUUUCUCUGCUAGACUUUGGGCAGCAUUCAUGUUAUACGUGGCGUUUAGAUACUACCAACAAGAAUUCAAGGCCAGAGAAGGGUGGGACUCUGAGCCAGAGAGAUUAGAAAAUCACAUUUCUCACAUUCUGCCUAUAGUCUGGAGAGCACUUGAGCCCGCCAGGGAAUGCAUAGAGAUGAUAGAUUCGCCGCCGCCGCUGUCUAACCCCCACCUGGUUGGCGGCAGAGCCGACAAACCUCCGCACUCCGGCGGCCGUACCUGUCACCGGAAACACGUCGAGGACGGGUGAUCCGUCCCCUCCACUCCCUCUCCUCUUCCCUUCUUCCAAAACAAAAUCUCCGAUCUGUUGUAUACAAAACCAAAAAAAAAAAAAUCUCAAGUUUGAACAGUCGAUUUAUAGAUUUAGAUUAGAAAUCGUGUGAUUCCAGAAGUGGAUUAUUCAAUAAUGGCCGCUGCCGAGGAGAAAUGCGGCGCUCUGAACGGGAAAUACGAGCUCGGAAGACUAUUGGGCCACGGCACGUUCGCGAAGGUGUACCACGCCAGAAACCUUGAAACGGGGAAGAGCGUGGCCAUGAAGGUCGUCGGGAAGGAGAAGGUGAUUAAGGUGGGGAUGAUGGAGCAGAUAAAGCGGGAGAUCUCGGUGAUGAAGAUGGUGAACCACCCAAACAUUGUCGUUCUCCACGAAGUGAUGGCCAGCAAAACGAAGAUCUACUUCGCCAUGGAGCUGGUCCGCGGCGGCGAGCUGUUCGCCGCCAUCUCCAAAGGCCGCCUGCGGGAGGACGUGGCGAGGAACUACUUCCAGCAGCUGAUCUCCGCCAUAGACUUCUGCCACAGCCGCGGCGUCUACCACCGGGACUUGAAGCCGGAGAACCUCCUCCUGGACGAGGAGGGACACCUGAAGGUGACGGAUUUCGGGCUCAGCGCGUUCUCCGACCACCUCCGGCAGGACGGGAUGCUCCACACGACAUGCGGCACGCCGGCGUACGUCGCGCCGGAGGUGAUCGCGAAGAAGGGGUACGACGGUGCGAAGGUGGACAUAUGGUCGUGCGGGGUGAUCCUCUACGUCCUCCUCGCCGGAUUCCUCCCCUUCCAUGACGACAACAUCGUCGCCAUGUACAAGAAGAUCUACAGAGGGGACUUCAAAUGCCCGCCCUGGUUCUCUCCGGAGGCCAGGAAACUGGUGAGCAAGAUGCUCGACCCGAACCCGAAUUCCAGAAUCAACAUAGCCAAAAUCAUGUCCUCCUCCUGGUUCAAGAAAUCCAUUCCCCGGCCUCCCCCGAGGAUCAGCUGCGGCAAGGAAGACGAAGAGCCCAAAGAGGUGGAGACGCUGAACGCCUUCCACAUCAUAUCCCUGUCGCAGGGGUUCGAUCUGAGCCCCUUGUUUCAAGAGAGGAAGGGAGGGGGGAGGGAUGAGAUGAGAUUCGCGACGGCGGAGCCGGCGAGCAGCGUGAUAUCGAAGCUGGAAGCGGUGGCGAAGACGAGCAACUUCAGCGUGAAGAAGAGCGGGGACUCGAACGUGAGGCUGCAGGGGCAGGAGAGCGGGAGGAAGGGCAAACUGGGAAUAUCGGCGGAUAUCUUCGCCAUGACGCCGUCGUUUGUGGUGGUGGAGGUGAAGAAAUCCAGCGGCGACACGCUGGAAUACGACCAGUUUUGCAGCAAGGAGUUGAAGCCUGCUUUGAAAGACAUUGUCUGGACUUCUCCUCCUCCAACAACAGCUCUUCAUCAUCAAUGUGUGCUUAAUUAAUUAAGUCAAACUUUGGUACUUUAAUCUUGUGUUAAGCGUUCUUAAUUAUGGUUCUUUUGUUACGAGUAUGUAUUAAUUAAUUAAUUAAGGACUUGUUUAUUGUUUGUUAUGAUGUUUUGUGUUCUAUUAGUGAAGGAAUCUUUAUCGCUCUUCCUAAAAUUGAUUUUUUUUUUUUAAAAGAAAUCAUUGUUUAGAGUUUGGACUUCUUUUGUUUAUUUCAAGAAAAUGAGAGUAAAAGG